AUGUCUGUCUUUACAGAGGAGACGGGUAGCAUCAAUUGCGCGCUGCGAUGGGAAAACACGACGAAAGAGGAUCUGCCGGCAAGCGAGGAGAAUGCCAGAUCUGAAUUCCACGUUCCUCCACUUAUAAAAGAGGCAAGGACUCCAGACCGAUUCGGCUCUCCAACAACCAUCAUGUCUACCACAGCAGAACAACUGAAAACUCUCAGUUCCGCCCUCGUUGACAAGCCGCCGUACUGCAGUGGCACUCUUUCCCUGCCCUCGGAUAACUUCCUCCUUUUCUUUGGGAAGGACCGACUUGCAAGGCGAAUCAAUUUGAGUGACGCAUCUACCGACGAUCUGCAGCAUCUUGCGCGGACUUGCGAUGCUGCCACCUUCGGUGUCAACCAUGAAGAUGUUCUAGACGAGUCGUACAGGAAAGCGGGCAAACUGGACUCCGUCGAGUUCUCUAUAAACUUUGACGUGGACGGUAUUGGACUCAUGGAAGCUGUUCGUUCGGACCUUUUGGAAUACAAGGAGGAGAAGGCGAUCCGCGCCGAGAAGUAUAAGCUAAACGUGUAUGGUGAAGAGUCAUUCUUCAAGCCGCACUUGGAUACGCCUCGUGACGAAACCAUGUUUGGUUCUCUCGUCAUCGUCUUGCCCACUCCCCACAAGGGUGGGGCGCUUGCUCUACGUCAUGGGGGCAAGGAAUGGACGUUCAACUCUUCCGAGCUCCUGUCCGGUCAAGCCGAACCUUCCAUCGCAUACGUCGCAUUCUACAGCGACGUUGAGCAUGAAGUCUUGAAAGUCGAGUCCGGCUAUCGCAUCACGAUCACCUACAACCUCUACUUCGUCGACAAACCCGCACAUGUUCCCGACCCGUCUACCAUUCGCCCAUUCGUCACUAACGAGGCCAUAUUCAAAGCGCAAUUCAAAGCUCUGCUCGACGACCCUACGUUCUUGCCCAAGGGCGGUUAUCUAGGUUUCGGUUUACGCCACCAAUACCCUCUUGACGGCAAAGCGCCGGGCAGGGACUCGAGGAGUAGGAAGCUUGCAUUGUACGCAGUGCGCCAAUACCUCAAAGGCAGUGAUGCGCUGCUAGCGCGAGUGUGCGGCGAGCUUUCAUUGAAGACUUCGUUCAGGAUGGUCUACAGAGACGUUGGCGAUUCCUACAUAGCCGACGUAAUGACGAACCAGGUGCUGAACUUCCAAGGUGCCCACUUGGACACGGAGCUAUGGUCCUACAUACGUGAACAUUACAACGGAGAGCUCCUGAUGAAGCGCAGUAAAUUCUUUCGAGAGAGGGUAGAAACGGAUGUCGACGUCCACUGGGUCACGAAGACGCCCCAGCUACGCUCAUAUGCCGAGUCUCUUGACGGUCGUCUUCUCUUUGCUAUUCCGAAGGAGGGCCGUCUCCACAAGAAAUGCCUAGAGUUGCUAGCGGGUGCGGACAUACAGUUCAAGAGACAUGGCUUCUCGUCAAGAACCACCCGAUCGCCCUCGUUUUUCUCCCUCCGUCAGACAUACUGUCGUUCGUUGGCAAGGGGUAACGUCGACCUCGGAAUUACCGAGCAAGACGUCAUCCUCGAAGCAAAGAUGGAAAGGCACGUAACGGAAGUGCUGCAGCUUGGUUUCGGGAAUAAACGCGUCGUCACGGGCUUCGAAGUGCUUUUGGGACAGUACUUCAGCAAGAUCGAUGACAAUCUCCAGCUGACUGGGGAAAACAGGACCAAGAUCAAGUAUGUUGGAGGCAGUGUCGAGGCAGCGUGUGCGCUAGGUCUGGCUGAUGGAAUUGUGGAUCUCGUCGAAUCGGACGAUGCGAUGUGUGCGGCGGGUCUCCAUGCCGUUGCCACCGUCCUGCAGACUGAGGCAGUACUUAUCAAGUCUACGGGUGUUGUCGCCGCAGGUAAAUAUAUUGUCUGCGAGUUAAACAUUCUCCGUUCCAAGCUCCACGCGGCGACCAGCAUCACGCCCGGCCGUCGCUCCCUGACCAUCAGUCCGCCGGAAGAUGAAGAAUGGGUCGCUGUCAGCAGCAUGGCGGAGAAGAGCAAGACGGCGGAUGUCAAGGACAAGCCAGUGAUGAUAGGUGCGGAGGACAUUCUGAUCUUCAACCUAGACAACUGUAGAGUAUGA